AUGGGGACUGAAUUAAAAUUAAGCACUGCAUUUCAUCCACAAACAGAUGGGCAAACCGAGAGGACUAUUCUUACCUUGGAGGAUAUGCUUCGAGCUUGUGGCUUGGAUUUCAAGGGUAGUUGGAUUGGAGAAAGAAAGAUCUUAGAGCCAAAACCUGUACAACUCACAUUUGAGAAGAUUCAAUUAAUUAGGAAAAAAAUUAAAGCUUCCCAAGACAGACAAAAGAGCUGGGCUAACUUGAAAAGAAGAAAAUUGAAAUUCAAAGUUGGAGAUUUUGUGUAUUUAAAAGUUUCACCAUCUCGAGGAGUAAUGAGGUUUGGAGAAAAAGGAAAACUAUGUGCACAUUACAGUGGACCAUUUGAGAUUUUGAGUAGAGUUGGUAGUUUGGCUUAUGAGCUAGCCCUACCACCACAACUAGCUGGAGUACACUAUGUAUUCCAUGUAUCAAUGCUACGAAGAUACAUUGCAGAUCCGGGUCAUGUUGUGGAGUAUCAACCUUUGCAAGUUAGGGAUGACUUAACUUAUGAAGAAGUACAUCUUCGCAUCAUUGACCAAAAGGAACAAGUAUUGAGGUCCCGAGUAAUCCCAUUUGUUAAAGUGCAAUGUUCACAUCAUACUCCAAGAGAAGCAACAUGGGAAAAGGAAGAUGAUAUGAAGGAUAGCUAUCCUAAACUCUUCAAGUUUGAUGUUAUGUAA